CGCAUUCAUUAUACGCUCUCUGGUGCGACAAUGUAUAUUGGGUCCCAUCUGCUGUAAGAUUUUAAAAUUUCCACACUGCUCCGACAUUACAUGUAUUGUGCCACCAAUUUUUCUUGUCCGAAAUCGUGCGCGUGGAGUACACUUCAAUUCCCACAUAUCCUUGAUAAAUGCAUUGUACACUGCUUAAUUUUUGCAGGUACGUGAACUCAGAGUGCAACACGGCCACACCAGUCUACAGCUAGUGAGAGGUCAACGUUAGAAGCUGAAGAAUUGUAACUCUCCUCGUAAUGGCGAAGCGGAGGGCGGGGACUGAACUGACCGAUAGAAACUGGGAGGAGGAGGAGGUGCCCGAGGAGGCGGGCACUUUCAAGGCUGCAGGUGAUGAUGUCCUAGCCCAGCGUGUCAUCCGGAAAGCCAAGCGCAGAUUCCAAGCGGGAGAAGGCAACGAUGCUGGACAGGAUAGUGAUACCAAGCCCAGCCCAUUUGUGGGGUUUGCCUUUGGCACCAAUAAACCAUCCGCGGGGUUCAGCUUCAAAGUUACAAAGAGUGACACGCAAACAGCCCCCUCGUUCAGCUUCAAGUCCUCUGUUUCGGACGUUGCUCCGGCACUGGCCAAAGCUGACACUAUCCCCAUUUCCUCUGGGCCAUCCAGCAGCAUCUCGUCUUCCUUUGGAGGAACGAAACAGUCAGCAUCCCCAGCCAGCACGAACGGAACCCAGGGUGUGGCCACGGGUGGGGCACCACAGCCGCCACCCACUACUGCAUUGAGCCAGCAGUACUCCCAGAAAUUGCAGAACCUGAACCGUUCCGUCAGCGCCUGGAUCCAGAAACAUGUGGGCGAGAAUCCAGUCUGUGAUCUGACCCCAGUCUUUGAAGACUACAAGAAACACCUGCGGGAGAUUGAGAAGCUUCGGGCCGGCAAUGUAGGAGUUGCUGGGUCUCAGAGGAUGGAGACGUCCUCAGAAGUGGAGGCAUCUGCUCCCUCAACAAGCUCGACUUUCUCCUUUGGGAAGUCGUCAGACACUGUGCAGGAUGCCAAAGUGUCGGACUCGAUGAAGGCCAGUCCUGCGACUUCUACCUUCUCGUUUGGGUCCUCAGACGGGAAGGGCGCAUUCGGAAAGUCCUCAGAUGCAGACCAGUUUGCAAAAGCAACUGACUCUUCAAAGGCCGCUCCCACGACUUCCACCUUCUCGUUCGGCUCAUCAGACAGCAAGGGUGCCAGUCUGCCCAAAGCUGACUUCUUCAAGAAGACUGCGCCUGCCGCGACCACAGAUGCCAAGACCUCAAGCUUUUCGUUCGGCAGAAGUGACACUACACCUGUGGCCCCUAGUUUUUCUGCUGGAAAAUUUGGCAAUCCCACCACAGGGUCACUCUUUGGAUCAGCCAAGCCAUUCUCGUUUGGUGUUGGCAAAUCCUCAGAUGUCACUACAUCGUCAGAAGCUGCUACAACAGCUUCUGAAGAUUCAAAGACUGCCAAUGAUGACAACUAUGAACCGCCAAAGGUAGAGGUCAAGGCGGUUCAGGAAAAGGACUCUCUCUACUCUAAAAAGUGUAAGCUGUUUUACAAGAAAGGAGAUGGGUACAAGGACCGAGGGGUGGGCAUGCUCCAUCUGAAGAAAACGGCCGACAGUCUUCAGCUGCUGGUCCGAGCAGACACUAACCUUGGUAAUGUCAUUCUAAACAUCACAGUCCCCGCCACACUACCCAUCAGCCGGCAAGGCAAGAACAACCUCCUCCUGGUGACCCCCGUCAACCCGCCGGUAGAGACCACCUGCCCGAAGUGCAACAAGAAGUACCCCAGGCCACAGGACAGUAACGCCUGCGACAACGGCUGCAGCCCUGAUCCCAUGGCACUCCUGGUCCGCGUCAAGACGGGCCAGGAUGCGGACGAGGCCCUGGAGAAAAUCAAUGAACUGAGAGGGGUAUAACCACUGCUGGUUUUCCUUGUAACGUUUUUCGGAAGGGGGCCCCUAUGCCCCCCUCGUCAUUUUAAGUCCAAACUGGACAGAUCCCAGGUAGCUGUCUCUAGCCAGUGUUGUAGCCAUGACCUUCUAAGGCCCUCACAAGACCCCAUUAGCCCGACAUAAGAUCGCAAGUCUGAAUUCAAGACACAAGCAGUUAAAAUGCACUUCAGCAACAGCAUUCUUUGUCGCCGCCCACCCUGUUACUUGUGAUGGGUCUUGUGAAUCAUCUCGUGUUUGGUCUUGCGAUGGUUUUUACUGCAACACUCAUUUAACAUGAGUGAACACGAUUCCUGCUGUGUGUAGCUCAUGCAUCCUGAUGCCUUGAGAACAGAGACGUGAAUGCCGCCUUCUUAAGCAAUACUGCGACGUCAGUAGGCCUAUGUAGUAAUGACAUCACACAUUGUUUACACAUGGACUUUUCUAUGGAAGCCCUUUUUGAGGGUUUUGAAACUCCACAGGAAAGCGCACAUUUGAACAACGCACAUCACCAGUACGGACGACUAUUCGUAGGAAGCUUGCAGGUGUCCGGGUGUACAAAUCCCAUGCCAGGGAAGGUAUUGUUGGCUCACUCCAACUGAACCACUGGUUAUAAGAUAGAACACGUCACAUGAACAGUUAUGUAAGUCAUGAUGCAAAACAAGCAAAGUAGGAUUCAGAUUCUUCAUAGUAGUGACCCAAGACGGGCACCUGUGCCUGUACAUGAAAGAAUCAGUGCAGUAUACAUGGGACGGAAGUGAUGGCUUUUCACGUCUUUACGAUAACUUCUGGGCGGCACACGUUUUUUGAUUCGCCAUUACCCUAGUUGUUGUACAAGUAAUUUCCAAUGAAAUGUAAUUAUGUGGAUGUUGCCUGCAUGUACAUGUCAAUGAGAAUGAAAUCUUUAUUUUAUUACUUUUUACUUUCAAUAAUUUUUAUCAUUGUAAUAGCACCAGUAGAGUACAGGAUGAAAAUUACGACUAAUCAAGCAUCGAAAAUAGAACCCACUGCUGCAGUGGUAACUUAUAUGUACAAUGUACAUGUGCGUUAAAUGCAUCUUGAACGAAUUAGGUGUUUCCUACAUGUACAUGCAAGUUGUCAAAUGCACAGCACCUAAGAAUGCAUGCGACAUGUACAUGUAAAUGGCUGCACAUGAAGUGCAACCAGAAUAGUGGCAUUUACCGAGUUCACCCAGCAAUGAACAGACCAAGUCCUUCGUCAUGCACUGUAACGGUGCAUCACGAAGGACUAACACGUCAAAAAUUCUGUUGUGCGGGUUUUCCCUCGUGCAAACACUUACCAGAAUGCUGGUAAAAAAGACUAUCGCCCUCCCCCCCAAAAAAAACCAAUUUGCAAUAGGAAAGUUCCUCAUUAACUCAAUGUUAACCCUUAAGAAAGCUCAAUCUUGCUUUUAAUUCAUAAUUGACACGUACGACUUUGACACCGGUAUACUUCAAACAAUAUACAUGUACAUGUAAUUGCUUUCAUGGUGUGAAAUAUACAUAAUACAUGCAAAGUUGAACACAGAUAAGGGCACUAUUAACACAAACUCAUGUUCAUGACAUGGACAAUUUUCAGGUCUCAAGUGUUUUUUGUCCUAUUACUGAUAGUGUAAAUUACUUGUUACAACAGGGUAAUUGGUAAAGUCCCAAGGACCUUAUGAUAACGGUAUUCCACUGUAGUUCCCCAAAAGUGGUACCAGUCUUUAAUACACCUGUACAAUGCGAAACUGGCAGUGAAAGAAACCCGUUUCAUUUGCAAAAAACCUCAAAGAUUUAACCUUUAUUCCGAGCAUGCUGUUGAACAAGAUAUACAGUAAUGGCAGCAAUUCACUUGAGGGAAUUUAACUUUACCAUCUUGAUACCUGUGAACUUAAAGUGUGAUUCGACAAAGUCCACAGUUUUUUAAUUCAACUUACCACUAGCUAGUGAAAAGCAGUGAAUAAAGACACAAAGAUUGACUGCCUGAAA